GACCAGUAGCCCUACCCGUUCGCAUGUCCAACCAUUCUGCAUCGCCCGGAGUAACAGCCACGCAGACUAGAAAAAAGGUAAAACGCACUUUCUAAGGGGAGAAGUGAGAAGGGAGGGGAGAGAGAAAAACACCCUGGACACGGAGGGAGACUCGGGUUGAUAAAGCAAGAAAAGGUUUUUUUUUUAUGAGAGAAAUAAGGUUUGAUUGGGAAGAAGAAUACGUGCUUUUAUCGACUGCUGGGACCGCAGGAGGAGAAGAGGACACUGCCGAAGAUGCUCAAGCUGCUGUGUUAAAGUUGUUGCAACUCAGACUGCUCAUAGACAAACAGGAAGCAAAGAGACAGAGCCCUUGGCCUUGCUUGAGCAAUCCAAAGAAAACCAAGGCAGAAACAAACGACACCAGAGCAUAGACAGAGGACAAGAAAAAACAAAGGAUGGCUGAGGAGGAGGAAACCAGGGAGGUGCUCUUCUCUGACUGGUCGGGUCCAGAAAAACAGGGAAUGACCCUUGAGCAGUCAGGCGAAGGAGAGAUCUAUGUCAAAGAGGUGAAAAUGGAGUCGCCUGCUGGACGCACUGGAAGAGUACAUGAGGGUGAUCAAAUUGUGGGUGCCACCAUCUAUUUUGACAACAUGAGUUCCAAAGAGACGACGGAGCUCCUCAAGACCCUAAACAAACACAAGGUUGGACUGAAACUACAGAACAAGGACAAGUCACCAUGCCGCUCCCCCAUGGGCACUCUGUCACCCUGCCGCUCCCCAAUGGGAACUCUGACGUAUGAAGGGAGAGGAAGGGUUGGAGGCUCCAGCCAAGACAUUAUCCUGAGUGGGGAUGAUGAAGAUUACAAGAGAAUAUAUUCCAAGAAGAUUAAGCCCCGGCUGAAGUCUGAGGAUCUGGCGGAGGGCGUGGACGUCCGUACAGAGCGUCACAGCAGCACCAGCACUGACGGCAGCACGAUCACUACCAUCACCCGUCGCAUCACUACCUACACUGUGGACAUGCCAGAGGGCGUGGACGAGCAGCUUGAUCUAACCAGCCCAGAGUUUAAAGGGCAACGGUACGAGCAGUCAGGAGGGGGCAGCUCGUCUCAAAUCCGAGUUUUACACGGAAGCGGAAGCUCUUCAGGUGUAGCAGGUGGAUUGGAGGGGGGGGAUUUUGAACUAGGAGGUGAUGGUGUUUCCUUCACUGGGCCGGAUGUAACUAGCUCUUCUGAGAAGCACUGGAGCACUGGAGGGGUGAAGACCACCACUGUUACAAGGCAGAUAGAGGGGGGAGAUGGUGGAGCAGCAGGGAUCAGAUUCAAAGGAUCUAGCUUUGGGAUGCCUGGGGCGAAGGGUCAGCGGGAGUUUGGCCUCUAUAGAGGGGGUGAGCAGGGGGAGCAGGGGGGCUUUCAGGUUUCAGGUGACUCAGCUGACUACCAGGCAGGAUCAGUCAAUGUCACGGCACCUGGAAAAACAACAAAUAUUUCAUCCAGCUCCAUAUCAAUGGGUAAAGGGGAGGUGAGAGGAGUAGACGUUCAUUUGCCUGGUAGAGGCAGUGCAGACUGGCAGGGUAGGGUCGGAGGUUCAGUACCUGGAAUAACCAUUAGUGAUCAACAGGUGAGAGGGUCUGGGAGCGUAGGUCUCUCGAGAGGCAACCAGGGUGGGGUUUCCUUACCCAACAUGCCAGGCAUUGAUACAGGCUUGAAUGGGGGCAAGAUAUCAACAGACAUAAGAGUGCCAACACUUGACAUCAAUACAGGCAUGAAGGAGUCUGGCUCAGUGAAAAUGUCUGUAAAAGAAACAACAAUGGAAAGCAAACUCAAAGGUGGCAUCAAAAUGCCAUCAUUUGGACUGAACACUGGAGGUGCAGAAAGCGAUGGAGAUGUUAAACUACGGAAGGUCAAGGGUAGUGUAGAUGUUUCGGUACCUGGUGUAGAUGUAGAUUUAUCAGGCGCAUCUAUGAAUAUGAAAGGAGGAAAGACGAUAGGUGGUGUUGCCAUCAAAGCACCCAAAGUAGACAUUAAAGGUUCAGGUGUUGAUAUAGAAGGUCCAGAAGGCGGAUUCAAGAUACCCAAAGAAAAGAUACCAUCAUUUGGAGUCAGAGGAGGCGGACUUGAGGGUCCUGGUAUCGAUGUCAACCUACCAAAAACUGACAUUGACAUCAGAGCUCCCAAAGUAGACAUUGAAGUGCCAGAUGUUGACAUUGAAGGUUCAGGAGGAUUUAAGAUGCCAAAGAUGAAGAUGCCCUCAUUUGGAAUCAAAGGAUCUAAAUUGGAGGGUCCAGAUAUUGAUAUCAACCUACCAAAAGCUGACAUUGACAUCAAGGCUCCCAAAGUUGAUGUUAAAGGUCCAUCAAUAUCAGGACCAAAGAUCUCAAUGCCCGAUGUGGACUUCAAUCUGAAAGGCCCAAAGGUGAAGGGAGAUUUGGGUAUGUCAGGAGACCUCAAAGCACCCAAGGUAGACAUUGAAGGUCCAGAUGUUGACAUUGAAGGUUCAGGAGGAUUUAAGUUGCCGAAGAUGAAAAUACCCUCAUUUGGAAUCAAAGGACCCAAAGUUGAGGGAGAUGUUGAUGUCAAACUACCUAAAGGUGACAUUGACAUCAAGGGACCUAAUGUUAACAUCAAAGGUCCAGAACUUGACUUCGAAGGCCCUGAUGGGAAAAUCAAGGGUCCAAAAUUCACGAUGCCAUCAAUGUCAGGCCCAAAGGUCUCAAUGCCUGAUAUGGACAUCAAUCUGAAAGGUCCAAAGGUGAAGGGAGAUGUGGAUGUGUCAGUGCCAAAGCUAGAAAGAGACAUCAAGGCUCCCAAAGUUGACAUUAAAGGUCCAUCAAUAUCAGGACCAAAGAUCUCAAUGCCCGAUGUGGACUUCAAUCUGAAAGGCCCAAAGGUGAAGGGAGAUUUGGGUAUGUCAGGAGACUUCAAAGCACCCAAAGUAGACAUUGAAGGUCCAGAUGUUGACAUUGAAGGUUCAGGAGGAUUUAAGAUGCCAAAGAUGAAGAUGCCCUCAUUUGGAAUCAAAGGAUCUAAAUUGGAGGGUCCAGAUAUUGACGUCAACCUACCAAAAGCUGACAUUGACAUCAAGGCUCCCAAAGUUGAUGUUAAAGGUCCAUCAAUAUCAGGACCAAAGAUCUCAAUGCCCGAUGUGGACUUCAAUCUGAAAGGCCCAAAUGUGAAGGGAGAUUUGGGUAUGUCAGGAGACUUCAAAGCACCCAAAGUAGACAUUGAAGGUCCAGAUGUUGACAUUGAAGGUUCAGGAGGAUUUAAGAUGCCAAAGAUGAAGAUGCCCUCAUUUGGAAUCAAAGGAUCUAAAUUGGAGGGUCCAGAUAUUGAUGUCAACCUACCAAAAGCUGACAUUGACAUCAAGGCUCCCAAUGUUGAUGUUAAAGGUCCAUCAAUAUCAGGACCAAAGAUCUCAACGCCCGAUGUGGACUUCAAUCUGAAAGGCCCAAAGGUGAAGGGAGAUUUGGGUAUGUCAGGAGACUUCAAAGCACCCAAAGUAGACAUUGAAGGUCCAGAUGUUGACAUUGAAGGUUCAGGAGGAUUUAAGAUGCCAAAGAUGAAGAUGCCCUCAUUUGGAAUCAAAGGAUCUAAAUUGGAGGGUCCAGAUAUUGAUGUCAACCUACCAAAAGCUGACAUUGACAUCAAGGCUCCCAAAGUUGAUGUUAAAGGUCCAUCAAUAUCAGGACCAAAGAUCUCAAUGCCCGAUGUGGACUUCAAUCUGAAAGGCCCAAAGGUGAAGGGAGAUUUGGGUAUGUCAGGAGACCUCAAAGCACCCAAGGUAGACAUUGAAGGUCCAGAUGUUGACAUUGAAGGUUCAGGAGGAUUUAAGUUGCCGAAGAUGAAAAUACCCUCAUUUGGAAUCAAAGGACCCAAAUUUGAGGGAGAUGUUGAUGUCAAACUACCUAAAGGUGACAUUGACAUCAAGGGACCUAAUGUUAACAUCAAAGGUCCAGAACUUGACUUCGAAGGCCCUGAUGGGAAAAUCAAGGGUCCAAAAUUCACGAUGCCAUCAAUGUCAGGCCCAAAGGUCUCAAUGCCUGAUAUGGACAUCAAUCUGAAAGGUCCAAAGGUGAAGGGAGAUGUGGAUGUGUCAGUGCCAAAGCUAGAAGGAGACAUCAAGGCUCCCAAAGUUGACAUUAAAGGUCCAUCAAUAUCAGGACCAAAGAUCUCAAUGCCCGAUGUGGACUUCAAUCUGAAAGGCCCAAAGGUGAAGGGAGAUUUGGGUAUGUCAGGAGAUUUCAAAGCACCCAAAGUAGAGGUUGAAGGUCCAGAUGUUGACAUUGAAGGAUCAGGAGGAUUUAAGAUGCCAAAGAUGAAGAUGCCCUCAUUUGGAAUCAAAGGAUCUAAAUUGGAGGGUCCAGAUAUUGAUGUCAACCUACCAAAAGCUGACAUUGACAUCAAGGCUCCCAAAGUUGAUGUUAAAGGUCCAUCAAUAUCAGGACCAAAGAUCUCAAUGCCCGAUGUGGACUUCAAUCUGAAAGGCCCAAAGGUGAAGGGAGAUUUGGGUAUGUCAGGAGACCUCAAAGCACCCAAAGUAGACAUUGAAGGUCCAGAUGUUGACAUUGAAGGUUCAGGAGGAUUUAAGAUGCCAAAGAUGAAGUUGCCUUCGUUUGGAUUCAAGGGAUCUAAAUUGGAGGGUCCAGAUAUUGAUGUCAACCUACCAAAAGCUGACAUUGACAUCAAGGCUCCCAAAUUUGACAUCAAAGGGCCAUCAAUAUCAGGACCAAAGAUCUCAAUGCCCGAUGUGGACUUCAAUCUGAAAGACCCAAAGGUGAAGGGGGAUUUGGGUAUGUCAGGAGACUUCAAAGCACCCAAGGUAGACAUUGAAGGUCCAGAUGUUGACAUUGAAGGUUCAGGAGGAUUUAAGUUGCCGAAGAUGAAAAUACCCUCAUUUGGAAUCAAAGGACCCAAAGUUGAGGGAGAUGUUGAUGUCAAACUACCUAAAGGUGACAUUGACAUCAAGGGACCUAAUGUUAACAUCAAAGGUCCAGAACUUGACUUCGAAGGCCCUGAUGGGAAAAUCAAGGGUCCAAAAUUCACGAUGCCAUCAAUGUCAGGCCCAAAGGUCUCAAUGCCUGAUAUGGACAUCAAUCUGAAAGGUCCAAAGGUGAAGGGAGAUGUGGAUGUGUCAGUGCCAAAGCUAGAAGGAGACAUCAAGGCUCCCAAAGUUGACAUUAAAGGUCCAUCAAUAUCAGGACCAAAGAUCUCAAUGCCCGAUGUGGACUUCAAUCUGAAAGGCCCAAAGGUGAAGGGAGAUUUGGGUAUGUCAGGAGACUUCAAAGCACCCAAAGUAGAGGUUGAAGGUCCAGAUGUUGACAUUGAAGGAUCAGGAGGAUUUAAGAUGCCAAAGAUGAAGAUGCCCUCAUUUGGAAUCAAAGGAUCUAAAUUGGAGGGUCCAGAUAUUGACGUCAACCUACCAAAAGCUGACAUUGACAUCAAGGCUCCCAAAGUUGAUGUUAAAGGUCCAUCAAUAUCAGGACCAAAGAUCUCAAUGCCCGAUGUGGACUUCAAUCUGAAAGGCCCAAAGGUGAAGGGAGAUUUGGGUAUGUCAGGAGACUUCAAAGCACCCAAAGUAGACAUUGAAGGUCCAGAUGUUGACAUUGAAGGUUCAGGAGGAUUUAAGAUGCCAAAGAUGAAGAUGCCAUCAUUUGGAAUCAAAGGGCCCAAAUUUGAGGGAGAUGUUGAUGUCAAACUACCUAAAGGUGACAUUGACAUCAAGGGACCUAAUGUUAACAUCAAAGGUCCAGAACUUGACUUCGAAGGCCCUGAUGGGAAAAUCAAGGGUCCAAAAUUCAAGAUGCCAUCAAUGUCAGGCCCAAACAUCUCAAUGCCUGAUAUGGACAUCAAUCUUAAAGGUCCAAAGGUGAAGGGAGAUGUGGAUGUGUCAGUGCCAAAGCUAGAAGGAGACAUCAAGGCUUCCAAAGUUGACAUUAAAGGUCCAUCAAUAUCAGGACCAAAGAUCUCAAUGCCCGAUGUGGACUUCAAUCUGAAAGGCCCAAAGGUGAAGGGAGAUUUGGGUAUGUCAGGAGACUUCAAAGCACCCAAAGUAGACAUUGAAGGUCCAGAUGUUGACAUUGAAGGUUCAGGAGGAUUUAAGAUGCCAAAGAUGAAGAUGCCCUCAUUUGGAAUCAAAGGAUCUAAAUUGGAGGGUCCAGAUAUUGAAGUCAACCUACCAAAAGCUGACAUUGACAUCAAGGCUCCCAAAGUUGACAUUAAAGGGCCAUCAAUAUCAGGACCAAAGAUCUCAAUGCCUGAUGUGGACUUCAAUCUGAAAGGCCCAAAGGUGAAGGGGGAUUUGGGUAUGUCAGGAGACCUCAAUGCACCCAAGGUAGACAUUGAAGGUCCAGAUGUUGACAUUGGAGGUUCAGGAGGAUUUAAGAUGCCAAAGAUGAAGAUGCCAUCAUUUGGAAUCAAAGGGCCCAAAUUUGAGGGAGAUGUUGAUGUCAAACUACCUAAAGGUGACAUUGACAUCAAGGGACCUAACGUUAACAUCAAAGGUCCAGAACUUGACUUCGAAGGCCCUGAUGGGAAAAUCAAGGGUCCAAAAUUCAAGAUGCCAUCAAUGUCAGGCCCAAACAUCUCAAUGCCUGAUAUGGACAUAAAUCUGAAAGGUCCAAAGGUGAAGGGAGAUGUGGAUGUGUCAGUGCCAAAGCUAGAAGGAGACAUCAAGGCUCCCAAAGUUGACAUUAAAGGGCCAUCAAUAUCAGGAACAAAGAUCUCAAUGCCCGAUGUGGACUUCAAUCUAAAAGGCCCAAAGGUGAAGGGAGAUUUGGGUAUGUCAGGAGACGUCAAAGCACCCGAAGUAGACAUUGAAGGUCCAGAUGUUGACAUUGAAGGUUCAGGAGGAUUUAAGAUGCCAAAGAUGAAGAUGCCCUCAUUUGGAAUCAAAGGAUCUAAAUUGGAGGGUCCAGAUAUUGAUGUCAACCUACCAAAAGCUGACAUUGACAUCAAGGCUCCCAAAGUUGACAUCAAAGGGCCAUCAAUAUCAGGACCAAAGAUCUCAAUGCCCGAUGUGGACUUCAAUCUGAAAGGCCCAAAGGUGAAGGGAGAUGUGGGUAUGUCAGGAGACCUCAAAGCACCCAAAGUAGACAUUGAUUGUCCAGAUGUUGACAUUGAAGGAUCAGGAGGAUUUAAGAUGCCAAAGGUGAAGAUGCCCUCAUUUGGAAUCAAAGGACCCAAAAUUGAGGGAGAUGUUGAUGUCAAACUACCUAAAGGUGACAUUGACAUCAAGGGACCUAAUGUUAACAUCAAAGGUCCAGAACUUGACUUCGAAGGCCCUGAUGGGAAAAUCAAGGGUCCAAAAUUCACGAUGCCAUCAAUGUCAGGCCCAAAGGUCUCAAUGCCUGAUAUGGACAUCAAUCUGAAAGGUCCAAAGGUGAAGGGAGAUGUAGAUGUGUCAGUGCCAAAGCUAGAAGGAGACAUCAAGGCUCCCAAAGUUGACAUUAAAGGGCCAUCAAUAUCAGGAACAAAGAUCUCAAUGCCCGAUGUGGACUUCAAUCUGAAAGGUCCCAAGCUGAAGGGAGAUGUGGAUGUGUCAGUGCCAAAGAUAAAAGGAGACAUCAAAUCACCGAAAGUAGACAUUGAAGGUCCAGAUGUUGACUUUGAAGGAUCAGGAGGAUUUAAGAUGCCAAAGAUGAAGAUGCCCUCAUUUGGAAUCAAAGGAUCUAAUUUGGAGGGUCCAGAUAUUGAUGUCAACCUACCAAAAGCUGACAUUGACAUCAAGGCUCCCAAAGUUGACAUUAAAGGUCCAUCAAUAUCUGGACCAAAGAUCUCAAUGCCCGAUGUAGACUUCAAUCUAAAAGGGCCGAAGGUGAAGGGAGAGGUGGAUGUGUCAUUGCCAAAGAUGAAAGGCGACCUCAAAGCACCCAAAGCAGACAUUGAAGGACCAGAUGUUGACAUUGAAGGUUCAGGAGGAAUUAAAAUGCCAAAGAUGAAGAUGCCAUCUAUGUCUGGCCCCAAAAUGUCAAUGCCUGAUGUUGAUUUCAGUCUCAAAGGGCCAAAGUUCAAAGGGGGAGUUGAGGGAGAAAUGAGUACACCCAAAGCUGAAUUUGAAGGAUUGGAUAUCUCAGUAGAGAGUCCAGACAUUGCACCAAAGAAGUCUAAGUUCAAAAUGCCAAAGUUUGGAUUCAAAGGGCCCAAAGUCAAGUCUCCUGAGGUUGAUGUAAAGCUAGCAAAAGCAGAUAUCAAAAUCAAAGCACCGAAAGGUCCAGACCUUGACCUUGACCUUGACAUUGGGGCUACCAGCCCUAAAGUCAAAGGAUCCAAAUUCAAAAUGCCUAAAUUUGGAUUCAAAAGCCCGAAGGUAGAGAUGCCAGAUGUAGAUAUUAAUCUUCCUAAAGCUGACAUUGACUUCAAGGGACCCAAUGUCGAUAUUAAAGGUCCUCAUAUUGACAUUGAAAGUCCUGAUGGCAAAAUCAAGGGACCAAAAAACAAGAUGCCAUCAAUAUCAGGACCAAAGAUCUCUAUGCCUGAUGUGGACUUCAACCUGAAAGGUCCAAAGGUGAAAGGAGAUGUGAAUGUUUCAGUCCCCAAGAUCGAAGGAGACAUCAAAGGUCCAAACGUAGACAUUGAAGGUCCAGAUGGUAAAAUCAAAGGGCCGAAAUUCAAGAUACCAUCAAUAUCUGGACCAAACAUCUCAAUGCCUGACAUGGACUUCAAUCUGAAAGGUCCAAAGAUGAAGGGAGAUGUGGAUCUGUCAGGAAACCUCAAAGCACCCAAAGUAGACAUUGAAGGUCCAGAUGUUGACAUUGAAGGUUCAGGAGGAUUUAAGAUGCCAAAGAUGAAGAUGCCCUCAUUUGGAAUCAAAGUACCCAAAGUUGAGGGAGAUUUUGAUGUCAAUCUACCUAAAGGCGACAUCGACAUUGAAGGUCCAGAAAUUGACAUCGCAGGUCCAGAUGGUAAAAUCAAAGGGCCGAAAUUCAAGAUGCCAUCAAUAUCUGGCCCAAACAUCUCUAUGCCUGAUGUGGACUUCAACCUGAAAGGUCCAAAGGUGAAAGGAGAUGUGAAUGUUUCAGUCCCCAAGAUCGAAGGAGACAUCAAAGGUCCAAACCUAGACAUUGAAGGACCAGAUGUAGACAUUGAAGGUCCAGAUGUUGACAUUGAAGGUUCAGGAGGAUUUAAGAUGCCAAAGAUGAAGAUGCCUUCGUUUGGAUUCAAAGGUCCCAAACUUGAGGGUCCAGAUAUUGAUGUCAACCUACCUAAAGCUGACAUUGACAUCAAGGCUCCCAAAAUUGAUAUUAAAGGUCCAGAACUUGACAUUGAAGGGCCAGAUGGUAAAAUCAAAGGGCCAAAAUUCAAGAUGCCAUCAAUAUCAGGACCAAACAUCUCUAUGCCUGAUGUGGACUUCAACCUGAAAGGUCCAAAGAUGAAGGGAGAUGUGAAUGUUUCAGUCCCCAAGAUCGAAGGAGACAUCAAAGGUCCAAACCUAGACAUUGAAGGUCCAGAUGGUAAAAUCAAAGGGUCGAAAUUCAAGAUGCCAUCAAUAUCUGGACCAAACAUCUCAAUGCCUGACAUGGACUUCAACCUGAAAGGUCCAAAGGUGAAGGGAGAUCUGGAUAUGUCAGGAAACCUCAAAGCACCCAAAGUAGACAUUGAAGGUCCAGAUGUUGACAUUGAAGGUUCAGGAGGAUUUAAGAUGCCAAAGAUGAAGAUGCCCUCAUUUGGAUUCAAAGGACCCAAAGUUGAGGGAGAUUUUGAUGUCAAUCUACCUAAAGGCGACAUUGACAUUGAAGGUCCAGAAAUUGACAUUGCAGGUCCAGAUGGUAAAAUCAAAGGGCCGAAAUUCAAGAUGCCAUCAAUAUCAGGACCAAACAUCUCAAUGCCUGACAUGGACUUCAACCUGAAAGGUCCAAAGAUGAAGGGAGAUCUGGAUAUGUCAGGAGACCUCAAAGCACCCAAAGUAGACAUUGAAGUUCCAGAUGUUGACAUUGAAGGUUCAGGUGGAUUUAAGAUGCCAAAGAUGAAGAUGCCUUCGUUUGGAUUCAAAGGUCCCAAACUUGAGGGUCCAGAUAUUGAUGUCAACCUACCUAAAGCUGACAUUGACAUCAAGGCUCCCAAAAUUGAUAUUAAAUGUCCAGAACUUGACAUUGAAGGUCCAGAUGGUAAAAUCAAAGGGUCGAAAUUCAAGAUGCCAUCAAUAUCAGGACCAAACAUCUCAAUGCCUGACAUGGACUUCAACCUGAAAGGUCCAAAGAUGAAGGGAGAUCUGGAUAUGUCAGGAAACCUCAAAGCACCCAAAGUAGACAUUGAAGGUCCAGAUGUUGACAUUGAAGGUUCAGGAGGAUUUAAGAUGCCAAAGAUGAAGAUGCCCUCAUUUGGAUUCAAAGGACCCAAAGUUGAGGGAGAUUUUGAUGUCAAUCUACCUAAAGGCGACAUCGACAUUGAAGGUCCAGAAAUUGACAUUGCAGGUCCAGAUGGUAAAAUCAAAGGGCCGAAAUUCAAGAUGCCAUCAAUAUCUGGACCAAACAUCUCUAUGCCUGAUGUGGACUUCAACCUGAAAGGUCCAAAGGUGAAAGGAGAUGUGAAUGUUUCAGUCCCCAAGAUCGAAGGAGACAUCAAAGGUCCAAACCUAGACAUUGAAGGUCCAGAUGGUAAAAUCAAAGGGCCGAAAUUCAAGAUGCCAUCAAUAUCAGGACCAAACAUCUCAAUGCCUGACAUGGACUUCAACCUGAAAGGUCCAAAGAUAAAGGGAGAUCUGGAUAUGUCAGGAAACCUCAAAGCACCCAAAGUAGACAUUGAAGGUCCAGAUGUUGACAUUGAAGGUUCAGGAGGAUUUAAGAUGCCAAAGAUGAAGAUGCCUUCGUUUGGAUUCAAAGGUCCCAAACUUGAGGGUCCAGAUAUUGAUGUCAACCUACCUAAAGCUGACAUUGACAUCAAGGCUCCCAAAUUUGAUAUUAAAGGUCCAGAACUUGACAUUGAAGGUCCAGAUGGUAAAAUCAAAGGGACAAAAUUCAAGAUGCCAUCAAUAUCUGGACCAAAGAUCUCUAUGCCUGAUGUGGACUUCAACCUGAAAGGUCCAAAGGUGAAAGGAGAUGUGAAUGUUUCAGUCCCCAAGAUCGAAGGAGACAUCAAAGGUCCAAACCUAGACAUUGAAGGUCCAGAUGGUAAAAUCAAAGGGUCGAAAUUCAAGAUGCCAUCAAUAUCAGGACCAAACAUCUCAAUGCCUGACAUGGACUUCAACCUGAAAGGUCCAAAGAUGAAGGGAGAUCUGGAUAUGUCAGGAAACCUCAAAGCACCCAAAGUAGACAUUGAAGGUCCAGAUGUUGACAUUGAAGGUUCAGGAGGAUUUAAGAUGCCAAAGAUGAAGAUGCCUUCAUUUGGAUUCAAAGGACCCAAAGUUGAGGGAGAUUUUGAUGUCAAUCUACCUAAAGGCGACAUUGACAUUGAAGGUCCAGAAAUUGACAUUGCAGGUCCAGAUGGUAAAAUCAAAGGGUCGAAAUUCAAGAUGCCAUCAAUAUCUGGACCAAAGAUCUCUAUGCCUGAUGUGGACUUCAACCUGAAAGGUCCAAAGAUGAAGGGAGAUCUGGAUAUGUCAGGAAACCUCAAAGCACCCAAAGUAGACAUUGAAGGUCCAGAUGUUGACAUUGAAGGUUCAGGAGGAUUUAAGAUGCCAAAGAUGAAGAUGCCUUCGUUUGGAAUCAAAGGACCCAAAGUUGAGGGAGAUUUUGAUGUCAAUCUACCUAAAGGCGACAUUGACAUUGAAGGUCCAGAAAUUGACAUUGAAGGUCCAGAUGGUAAAAUCAAAGGGCCGAAAUUCAAGAUGCCAUCAAUGUCAGGACCAAACAUCUCAAUGCCUGACAUGGACUUCAACCUGAAAGGUCCAAAGAUGAAGGGAGAUCUGGAUAUGUCAGGAAACCUCAAAGCACCCAAAGUAGACAUUGAAGGUCCAGAUGUUGACAUUGAAGGUUCAGGAGGAUUCAAGAUGCCAAAGAUGAAGAUGCCUUCGUUUGGAUUCAAAGGUCCCAAACUUGAGGGUCCAGAUAUUGAUGUCAACCUACCUAAAGCUGACAUUGACAUCAAGGCUCCCAAAAUCGAUAUUAAAGGUCCAGAACUUGACAUUGAAGGUCCAGAUGGUAAAAUCAAAGGGACAAAAUUCAAGAUGCCAUCAAUAUCUGGACCAAAGAUCUCUAUGCCUGAUGUGGACUUCAACCUGAAAGGUCCAAAGGUGAAAGGAGAUGUGAAUGUUUCAGUCCCCAAGAUCGAAGGAGACAUCAAAGGUCCAAACCUAGACAUUGAAGGUCCAGAUGGUAAAAUCAAAGGGCCGAAAUUCAAGAUGCCAUCAAUAUCAGGACCAAACAUCUCAAUGCCUGACAUGGACUUCAACCUGAAAGGUCCAAAGAUGAAGGGAGAUCUGGAUAUGUCAGGAAACCUCAAAGCACCCAAAGUAGACAUUGAAGGUCCAGAUGUUGACAUUGAAGGUUCAGGAGGAUUUAAGAUGCCAAAGAUGAAGAUGCCUUCGUUUGGAUUCAAAGGACCCAAAGUUGAGGGAGAUUUUGAUGUCAAUCUACCUAAAGGCGACAUUGACAUUGAAGGUCCAGAAUUUGACAUUGCAGGUCCAGAUGGUAAAAUCAAAGGGUCGAAAUUCAAGAUGCCAUCAAUAUCUGGACCAAAGAUCUCUAUGCCUGAUGUGGACUUCAACCUGAAAGGUCCAAAGAUGAAGGGAGAUCUGGAUAUGUCAGGAAACCUCAAAGCACCCAAAGUAGACAUUGAAGGUCCAGAAAUUGACAUUGAAGGUCCAGAUGGUAAAAUCAAAGGGCCGAAAUUCAAGAUGCCAUCAAUGUCAGGACCAAACAUCUCAAUGCCUGACAUGGACUUCAACCUGAAAGGUCCAAAGAUGAAGGGAGAUCUGGAUAUGUCAGGAAACCUCAAAGCACCCAAAGUAGACAUUGAAGGUCCAGAUGUUGACAUUGAAGGUUCAGGAGGAUUCAAGAUGCCAAAGAUGAAGAUGCCUUCGUUUGGAUUCAAAGGUCCCAAACUUGAGGGUCCAGAUAUUGAUGUCAACCUACCUAAAGCUGACAUUGACAUCAAGGCUCCCAAAAUCGAUAUUAAAGGUCCAGAACUUGACAUUGAAGGUCCAGAUGGUAAAAUCAGAGGGACAAAAUUCAAGAUGCCAUCAAUAUCUGGACCAAAGAUCUCUAUGCCUGAUGUGGACUUCAACCUGAAAGGUCCAAAGGUGAAAGGAGAUGUGAAUGUUUCAGUCCCCAAGAUCGAAGGAGACAUCAAAGGUCCAAACCUAGACAUUGAAGGUCCAGAUGGUAAAAUCAAAGGGCCGAAAUUCAAGAUGCCAUCAAUAUCAGGACCAAACAUCUCAAUGCCUGACAUGGACUUCAACCUGAAAGGUCCAAAGAUGAAGGGAGAUCUGGAUAUGUCAGGAAACCUCAAAGCACCCAAAGUAGACAUUGAAGGUCCAGAUGUUGACAUUGAAGGUUCAGGAGGAUUUAAGAUGCCAAAGAUGAAGAUGCCUUCGUUUGGAUUCAAAGGACCCAAAGUUGAGGGAGAUUUUGAUGUCAAUCUACCUAAAGGCGACAUUGACAUUGAAGGUCCAGAAAUUGACAUUGCAGGUCCAGAUGGUAAAAUCAAAGGGUCGAAAUUCAAGAUGCCAUCAAUAUCUGGACCAAAGAUCUCUAUGCCUGAUGUGGACUUCAACCUGAAAGGUCCAAAGAUGAAGGGGGAUCUGGAUAUGUCAGGAAACCUCAAAGCACCCAAAGUAGACAUUGAAGGUCCAGAUAUUGACAUUGAAGGUUCAGGAGGAUUUAAGAUGCCAAAGAUGAAGAUGCCUUCGUUUGGAAUCAAAGGACCCAAAGUUGAGGGAGAUUUUGAUGUCAAUCUACCUAAAGGCGACAUUGACAUUGAAGGUCCAGAAAUUGACAUUGAAGGUCCAGAUGGUAAAAUCAAAGGGCCGAAAUUCAAGAUGCCAUCAAUAUCUGGACCAAAGAUCUCUAUGCCUGAUGUGGACUUCAACCUGAAAGGUCCAAAAGUGAAAGGAGAUGUGAAUGUUUCAGUCCCCAAGAUCGAAGGAGACAUCAAAGGUCCAAACCUAGACAUUGAAGGUCCAGAUGGUAAAAUCAAAGGGCCGAAAUUCAAGAUGCCAUCAAUAUCAGGACCAAACAUCUCAAUGCCUGACAUGGACUUCAACCUGAAAGGUCCAAAGAUGAAGGGAGAUCUGGAUAUGUCAGGAAACCUCAAAGCACCCAAAGUAGACAUUGAGGGUCCAGAUGUUGACAUUGAAGGUUCAGGAGGAUUUAAGAUGCCAAAGAUGAAGAUGCCUUCGUUUGGAUUCAAAGGUCCCAAACUUGAGGGUCCAGAUAUUGAUGUCAACCUACCUAAAGCUGACAUUGACAUCAAGGCUCCCAAAAUUGACAUUAAAGGUCCAGAACUUGACAUUGAAGGUCCAGAUGGUAAAAUCAAAGGGCCGAAAUUCAAGAUGCCAUCAAUAUCUGGUCCAAACAUCUCAAUGCCUGACAUGGACUUCAACCUCAAAGGUCCAAAGAUGAAGGGAGAUCUGGAUAUGUCAGGAAACCUCAAAGCACCCAAAGUAGACAUUGAAGGUCCAGAUGUUGACAUCGAAGGUUCAGGAGGAUUUAAGAUGCCAAAGAUGAAGAUGCCUUCGUUUGGACUAAAAGGACCCAAAGUUGAGGGAGAUUUUGAUGUCAAAAUACCUAAAGGCGACAUUGACAUUGAAAUUCCAGAAAUUGACAUUGAAGGUCCAGAUGGUAAAAUCAAAGGGCCGAAAUUCAAAAUGCCAUCAAUAUCUGGACCAAACAUCUCAAUGCCUGACAUGGACUUCAACCUGAAAGGUCCAAAGGUGAAGGGAGAUCUGGAUAUGUCAGGAAACCUCAAAGCACCCAAAGUAGACAUUGAAUGUCCAGAUGUUGACAUUGAAGGUUCAGGAGGAUUUAAGAUGCCAAAGAUGAAGAUGCCCUCAUUUGGAUUCAAAGGCCCUAAACUUGAGGGUCCAGAUAUUGAUUGCAACCUACCUAAAGCUGAUAUUGACCUCAAGGGACCGAAUAUUGACAUUUCACGUCCAGAUCUCAACCUCAGAGGCCCUGAUGCUAAGUUGUCCGGUGGACCCCUUGAUAUGGGAAGUCCCAGUUUCAGUUUUGACAAACCAGAUGUUAAGUUUCCUAAGUUCAAAGGUCCCACAUUUGGUAUUAGGUCACCUGAAGUUGAAGGGCCUGAACUGAAUAUUUCUCACGGAAAGAUGGAUGUGAAGGCACCUGAGGUUGACCUUAACCUAGGGGAUGCAAAUAUCAAAGGACCUAAAUUCAAAGCACCAAAGAUCCAUAUGGGAGGCAAGAGCCCCAAAUUAGAUGUUAAUUUGCCAGAGGUCGACAGUAGUCUAGAAGCCCCUGAUGUUGACGUUCAUGUCAAAGGAAAGAAAGGCAAAUUCAAACUACCCAAAAUCAAAGGGAAAGCAAAGAAACCUGAUGUCGAUAUUGACCUUGAAACAUCAGGUGUAGAUUUAGAUGUUGACUCUCCUGAGCUUCACCUGAAAGGAGCUAAAGUUAAGAAACCUUUCUUUGGAAGACUUCAUUUCCCCGAUGUGGAAUUUGAUGUAAAAUCUCCCAAAGUUAAAGGUGAUGGCUCUCUGUCUGGUGGCUUGUCAUCUGGGAGUCUACAAGCCAAUAUUGAGGCACCAGAUCUAAACGUGCAAGUCCCAGAUGUAAAAACUAAGUCUAACAUAAGAUUUCCAGGGAUGAAAAUCAAAGGGCCCCAGGUGAAUGUACCUGAUGUUGAUGUAAAUGUGAACAGGAAAAAUCUGAAAGGAGAGGCAAGCCUUUCAGGAGAUUUAAAAGGUCCUAAGAUAGAUAUUGGAGGAGGGGGAGGAAGAGUAGAUGUUGACUCAAAUGUGUCAGGAUACAGUGGACUACAUUUCCCAGAGGGACACGUAUCAUUCCCCAAAAUCAAUGUUCCAAAGUACCAUGGGCCAGAGAUGGGAGAAGAUGUUGAUGCAGGAUCAAGAGCAGGGGCAGGGGCAACAGUGCGGGGUGGAAAGAUUGAUGUGCAGGCUCCUUCGGUUAGUGGUAGUUCUCCGAGCCUGGAGCUGCACAGUGGUGAGAAAGUAAAGGUCAAGAUGCCAAGGUUCGGUUUUGGCAAGUCAAAAGCAAAGGGAGGUAGUGCAGUAGAUCUUAGCUUUCAGGGGCCGGACGCAGAACUGGGAGCCGGUGGCGGCGUUAAGGGCUCCAAAGAGUUGAGUUUAAGUCAUGGGGAGUUAGUAAGUGGCAAGUUGUCUGUAGAGGGAGGAUCUGGGCAUAGUGUGUCCCCUAAGAGCAAGUCAGCCUCACUGGAUCUUUUUAAGAAAUCAAGGCAUCGGUCUUCCUCUGUGGCGAGUGACGAGGGAGAUCUGGCUGUGUCUUCCCCCUCAAGUCACUUAAGUGCUGAGGGUGGUGACAUCUCUGUAGAUGUUGGGAGGGCCAAGGUGAAAGGAAAGAAGUUAAAGUUUGGCACCUUUGGUGGUUUUGGCUCAAAGUCAAAGGGCUCAUAUGAAGUGCGACUGGGUGAAGAUAGUGAAGAGAGAGUUGAGGCAAGUGGUGUAUCUCUCCCCUCCAAAAAGUCUAGAAUCUCUUCAUCCUCUAGCAGCGACAGUGGGUCUAGAGGUGGUUUCCGUUUCCCAAAACUCGAGUUGUCUGUGUCACCAAAGAAAUGAUGAAUUGUGAGGAUAAUUAUAAACUACAACCCAAUUGUCUGUUCCAUGUACACAACACCCCUAUCUGCUCAAGUUUUUAAACUUGACAGAUGAGUUCACAUCUCAUCUCAAUGUAACAUUACGUGUGUGUUAUUCCCUUCGGGCUUUCUCCACACAUUUUACUUAUUACAUAUGGGGUAGAUGACAUUGUUCAGACUACAAUUUAACUGUAAAUAAGAUGAAUCUGUAUUGUAUUAUUAAGUAUUGUCUUUUGUACAUAGUCAAAAUUUAUUGAACUUAUUACCAUCUCACCAAAUUCAUACCAAUAGUGCCUCACAUGUUUAGUCCAAGUGUUGCAUUGCAUUCUUUUAAAAAUGCAUUUAGUUAAGAUUAGCUGUGGUAUUUUUGUAUCCAGACGGGGUCUAUUGCACAAACAUAGUUUAGAUUCAAUUGUUAUUUUGAAGAAAAGUAUGUUUAUAUACACAGACAACAACUACUUUUCGUUUUUAUGUAUGAAAUGAUUUACAUUUGUUUUUGAAGCUUUGGAUAUAUAAUCGUUGCAGAAGCAUAUUUACUCAACAUAGAGCAGGGCCCUGUAUAACAUUCUAUCAAGAGUGACAAUGCUAUUAGAGACCAUAAUUGAAAAUAAAAGCAAUGUUUAUGUACUCUAUAAACUCUAUUAACAGCUGUUGUUAAUCUUUGAGAGAGAGAAUGUCCUUUUUAAUUUAAUUAGUAUUUAAUUUUUUUUUUUUUACAUCCAUUUGAUUACUACUAUUUGUCCAUUUUUCCCUUCAACACCUUUAAUUAGAAUUCUACUCAAAUGAAAAAAUAGUACAACUGAUGCUGAAGAAUCCAUUUUGUAUUUUUUUAAAUGUUUUAUUCUUGUACAAUCAAGUAAUGUAAAGAAACAGAAUAACAGAAGCAAAUUGUGUUUUUAACGAAGACAUUGUCUUACAUUCAGAUGGAUCUCUCUCUCUCUCUCUCAAUGUCUCUCUAUUUCUCUCCCUCACUGUCUCACUUAAUGUAAGUCUCUGGUGUUUUGGUUAUACUAAAGAAAAUAUAUGACUAUCAUGAAUAAAGAGUCACGCUGUAUUCUUUUUUUGUUGUUGCACCUUUUAUAGGUAAACAAAUAUCUGUGUUUCAUUCUGCAAAAUAAAUCUAAUAAACGGUUAAGAUACCAA